AUCGCCUGCAUCUCAGCGCAGUUGACACCAUCCUUUCUGCCCUUCCUCUUUUGUACUCGGCUCCUUGGCUCUUAGCCCUCAGCAUCUCCAACAUGAAGCCCUCGAUCCUAACGCUGCUCGCGGCUGCUGCGGGCUCGCAUGGCCUGAGCAUCCCGGCCUUCGACCUGCAACCGCGCCAGUCCUGCGACAACACGGCAACGUCGCGCAGCUGCUGGGGCGACUACUCCAUCGACACCAACUACUACGACGAGACUCCCGACACGGGCAACACGGUCGAGUACUGGCUGUCGGUCGAGGAGGGUCUCUGCUCGCCCGACGGCUACCAGCGGACCUGCAUGACCUUCAACGGCACCGUGCCCGGGCCGACCAUUUUCGCCGACUGGGGUGACAACCUCAUCAUCCACGUCACAAACAACAUGACGGUCAACGGCACGGCCAUCCACUGGCACGGACUGCGGCAGCUCAACAGCACCCUGCAUGACGGCGUGCCGGGGGUGUCGCAGUGCCCCAUCGCGCCGGGCGAGUCGUUCACGUACUCAUUCCGUGUGACGCAAUACGGCUCGACGUGGUACCACAGCCACUUCUCGCUGCAGUACGCCGAGGGGCUGUUCGGCGCGCUGACGCUCAACGGACCGGCCACGGCCGACUACGACGAGGAUCUUGGCACCUUGUUCCUGCAGGACUGGUCGCACAUCGAGGCCUUUACGCGGUGGGACUCCGCCAGGCAGGGGCCACCGCCCACCCUCGAGACUGGGCUCAUCAACGGCACCAACACGUGGACGUGCGCCACGGCCGGCGACGCCAACUGCGUGGGUAGUGGUGCCAAGUUCGAAACCGUCUUCGAGGCCGGCAAGAAGUACCGGCUGCGGCUCAUCAACGUGGCCGUCGAGGGCGUGUUCCAGUUCAGCAUCGACGGGCAUAGCUUGACGGUCAUCGGAACGGACCUGGUGCCCAUCGUGCCGUACACGGCCGACAGCGUACAGAUCACCAUCGGGCAGCGCUACGACGUCAUCGUCGAGGCUAGCGCGGACGCGGGCGACUACUGGCUGCGGGCUGGCUGGGUUUCGGCUUGCGCGACCAACUCCAACCCGGACGGCAUGACCGGUAUCGUGCGAUACGAUUCCAGCAGCACGGCAGACCCGACAUCGACCAGCAACGUGACGGCGUCGACCACCUGCUACGACGAGCCCCUCGCCAGCUUGGUGCCGCACCUCGCCCUCGACGUUACCAACAUCCCCACCAUCACUACCGAGGACCUGAGCUUCAAGGUCGACACGUACUUCAAGUGGACCGUCAACACGACCAGCCUGCUGCUCGACUGGGCCAACCCGACCAUGCUGCAGGUCGUCAGCGGCGAGGACGUCUUCCCGACCGACUACAACGUCGUGGCCGUGCAGCCGGCGGGCUCGGCAGCUGAGUGGGCGGUGCUGGUGAUUCAGGACCAGGCCGGCCUCGGUCUCUCCCACCCGAUCCACCUGCACGGGCACGACUUCUGGGUGCUCGCCCAGACGACGGGCGUGUUCAACGGCUCGGUCGACAGCUUCAAUACGGCGAACCCGCCGCGCCGCGACGUGGCGACGCUGCCGGGCAACGGCUACUUGGCGUUGGCGUUCCAGCUCGACAAUCCGGGCGCCUGGCUGUGCCACUGCCACAUUGCGUGGCACGCGAGCCAGGGGCUGUCGCUCGAGUUUGUUGAGAGCCAGGCCGACAUCAUCUUGGCAGACGCCGACCAGACUGUGCUGAAUGACACGUGUUCGGCGUGGAGCACCUGGGACGGUACCGCGGUGUGGCCGCAGGACGACUCGGGAAUUUAAAGCAUGAGCAAGCAUAGGCUGGCGGGAACUUGUUCUCGCCGAGAAGUAGAUUGGCUGUUGGUUCUGUGGAGGUUACUAUUGGGACAGGGGUCGGUCAGGAGAGUGGUUGUUGUAGAAUCGGUGGCGCACUGUUUGCGUGUCUUCUUUGGUCCUGGCUUGGAGACUCUGAUUGGUUGUUGGGUAUCGGUUUAUCAGAUUGUAGGCGCUCGUUGUUUUCGCUUCUUUUGGACAUAUUUAUCGGCUUUUGACACUUGUUUGCAUGAAUUCCAGACGCAACUUCCAGCUGAUUUGAG